AUGUUAUCAGAAGAAAUUUUGUACAAAAUUUGGCAUGGAAGUUACUGGAAAAUUCCAUACACACACUGGAGAAGAAAUACUUGGGAACUAUCCUACUUUGAAACAUAUUCUGAUGCAAUAUCUAAGUGGAAAUUGCAUAAUGAUUUAGAUAAUAAGCUUGAUAUUUUAACAAAAUACCUAAAAUCAGGAGCAAACAAAAGUAAUAAGACUUUGGUGUUAAAACAUCAACUAAAGGUUAGUAGUGCUUUUAUAUUUAAAACAUUAAUGAAAAAUAGGAUCUUACUUAAAACUUUUUAUUUUCUAUUACAAAAAUAUGGAAAAAAGUGUAGCGAAAAAGAAAAUUUAACUCCUAACCCUACUACUUCUAUUUCUGCUAAAAGUGGUAAUAUUAAUGAAACAAAUAGUCAAAACUUAACUCUUAGUACUGCUACUCUUUCUAUUCCUAUUAAAAAAAGUAAUAUUAAUAGAAAUGACAACCUAAAGAAAAGUCUUAAGCUUAGUAAUGAAGCCUCUGCUAAAAUUUCUUUAAAAGAAAUUAUUCAAAAUACAUUACCAAAUCUGGUUUAUCCUCAAUUAAGACAUAAUAAAUCAGAUUCAAGUAUUAUAUCUGUUGAACGACGAUUUCCUGAUAAGAUUUCAAUCUGGAAGGAUUUUAAAGAAAAAGUGCAAUUAUGGAAAUCAGUAUGUGUAGAUAAGAAAUACAAAAAACCAAUAUUUGGAUCACGUAUAAUUACAUGUGAAAAAGAUAUCUGGACUGCAUCAGAAAUAAAUAUUCAUGAUAUUUUGACACCACUAGAUAGAUCAAUUUGCUUUUUAGAUGGUCGUGCUUUGAAAUAUAUGGCUGGAGAACCAGAUUUCAUUGUAGUUGAUGAAAAUUAUAAAGUACUUAUACCCUUUGAAUAUAAAACCAAAUGGGUUUUAAAAGUACCAUUUAAUAAGAAUAUAGUGGAACUUUAUCUUCAAGAAAAAGGUAUUCGAGAGAGAAAAUUUGUAGGUAUAAAAGAAACUUCAGCUUAUAAUCCCAUAAAUCAAAUUUAUGGAUAUAUGUGUGCAAAUAGAUUAUGUUAUGGAGUUUUAUCAACAUUUGAUCAAACAUGGUUUCUUAAAAGAGGAAUAAUAGGGAAUCAUGGGUGGUUGCAAGUAUCAGAUGUUAUUACCAAUACAUCAACAGAACCUACACUACUUAAAUCAAUUGCCUAUAUAAUUUCUAUUGCUUCUAAUAACUGUUAUUCACCAUUUAUUGAAAAACCUUUAUAG